AUGGAUGGUCAGUUGUCAACUCCCCAAGUUUCAUACUCGAUCACCCUUGAAGUGAGUUCCAGUCAGAUACAGCAACAAUACCCACAGACGCCGAUAGCUCCACCACCGGUUCAGUCAACAAACAACCUGCUGUAUGAAACUAUUCAAAGACUGGAUCGAUUAGAUGGGAAGCUCCUACAAGUGGAAGCGCGACUGAAACCGCUAGAGGAGAUUGAUGUCAAGUUAAACUCACUUACAGCAGAAAUUACUUUCAUAGAAAACCGUGUUUGCUUACUGAAAACGACAAUAGACGCUUUAGAAAAAAGUCUCGAGUUUGCUUCAAAGUCUUUGGAUGAAAUAAAAUUGAAAGUUUCGAAAGUAGACAGUUUUGAAAAGGAACUAAAGUUACUGUCAACUAACAAUCAGAAUCUUCAAACACAGAUAACCGAUUUACAAAUGCGUUCUAUGAGAGACAGUUUACUGUUUUUUAACCUAACUGGAUGCGAGGAAGAAAACUGUGAGGAGAUCGUCAAAAAACGUUGUCGGGACAAACUAAAGUUGGAAAAUGCUGAGCACAUCAAAUUUGACAGAGUACAUCUUCUUGGAAAGAGAGGACCAAAUACAACUCGACCUAUUGUUGCAAAGUUUUGUAUGUUGAAAGAUCUUGAAAGAGUAAGAAAUGCACCAAAGAACUUGCAAGGCAGCGGUAUAGGAAUUGGCAAACAGUUUCCUAGAGAGGUCCAAGAGCAACGCAGAAAACUUGUUCCAUCGUUCAAGCGACUGAGGGAGGCUGGUAGGAACGCUAAGCUUAGUGGAGACAAGCUCUACGUGGAUGGCCAUCUUUACAAUGGCCCAGAAUGCCAUGCCUAG